GCACCCCGGGGAGGGGCGUGGUUCGACAACUUCAGCCGCUCAGCUGGACCAAUCCCGACCCGGGAGGCGAAACGGACCCCUACCUGGGCCCAGGUGAGCUGAACCGUGCGUCUCUCGGCGGCUCGGCUCCCGGGAUGGAGGGAGCCCGGGCGGCAUCCAGAGAAGACCGAGCCGGAGCCGAGUUGCCAAUGGAGCCCUUGGAAAGCCUGGAGCCGGGGCUGGGGCAGCCGCAGGCCCCCGAGGAGGAGCGACGGCCAGAAAGUCCCGAGAGCAGCCCGGCCGCGGCCGUGCAGGAGGCGACCGGCGCGGGCCAGGACCCCUCGGGCGGGAAGAAGCUGCCCUCGCCUCGCCCCGCGCGCCCGCGGGUGCUGCCCGCCAGCCUGGGCUACGGCGCCUUCCGCCGCCAGUUGUCCGCUGGCCCCGAGCCGCCGUCGCCGAGGCCCGCUGCGGCCGAGCAGCCCCGGGACGGCGAGGCGGCGGGAGCCGAGCUGGUGCCCUGGGCCGCGCCGGGGGAGCCGGCGCCCGGCAACUGGGCGCCCGUGGAGCUGCAGGUGGACGUGCGCGUGAAGCCCGUGGGCGCGGCCGGCGGCAGCUGCACGCCCUCGCCGGCGCCCUCCCGGCGCUUCAUCACGGUCCCGGUGCCCGAGUCCCCCGCCUUCUCCCGCCACGCCGCCCCGGGGUACCCGUUCCUGCCGCGGACCGCGUCCUUGGGCAGCACGUGGAGCCGCGGCUCGCCACUGGCUGCCGCCCGGGCGGAGCACGGCCUCGACGCGGAGGGCCAGAGCAGCCCCACGGAAGGGGGCGCGGAGUCCCCGGGCUGCCCCACGUGCCGCUGCCGCUGCCAGGAGCUGGGGAAGGAGGACGCCGCGCUGCUGCCGCGCGCCGAGGCGGACGGCGACCUGAAGCUGCACCCGGCUAUCAAGCUCAUAGGGCUGCCCAUGUACAUGAAGUCCCUGCGCUGGGCCCUGGCGGUCAUGGCCGUGCUCCUGGCGGUGUCCACGGUUGCCAUUGUGGCCCUGGCCUCUAGAACAGGGGCCGUGUGCCGGCCGUGUCCCCAUGGCUGGCUGUGGUCUGGGGAGCACUGUUACUACCUCUCUACUGAAGCUCAAGCCUGGGAGGCCAGCCAGGCUUUCUGCUCCGCCCACCAUGCUACCCUCCCCCUGCUGAGCCACAUCCAGGACUCCCUGGGCAGAUACCCUGUCACCAUGUACUCCUGGGUGGGGGCCCGGCGAGGCCCCCAGGGCUGGCACUGGAUCGACGGGGGCCCCCUGCCACCCCAGCUACUCCCAGAGGAAGACAAGGACCAGCCGGGUCUGAAGUGCGCGGGCCUGGAGGGAGGCAAGCUCAUGGCUUUGGACUGCGCCUCUUCAAGACCCUGGGUCUGUGCCCAGGGGACCAACUGACUGGGGUUCUGCCCAUUCCAACCCUGUUGGGGGCAUACAGUCCCCCCACCCCCCAGAGGGGGGCCUAUUUCCUGGACCCAGGCUCCCGCCGCUCCCUGCUUGGUGCCUGGGGCCCUGCCUGAGCGAAGUGGGGAGCUGGGCCUCUGUUGCAGGAAGAUCACCUCCGGGGAAGGCUUUCUGUGGCCCAUCUUCGCCUCCAGCUGUUGAAGAGGAUUUGUUCAGAGACCUUGAGAUGUUUUUUUUUUUUUUUUUUUUUGCAUUUCUGAGCCUUGGUCUCUCCCUCAUGAAAAUCCCAUUCUCUCCCUUACCGGCUUCAUCACAAUGCACCCUUCAGUCCUAGGGGAACGGAAAGGAUUAGUGGUCACAGGUGAGCCCCAUCUGAGUGGACAUGGAGCCAUGAGAUGGGUGUUCCACUGGUUUGUGGCCAGAGGGCUUGUCAGCAGUGACAUCCUUGCUAUAAACGCCGUUUCCAGGCGAGGGGCACACAGCUGAUGACCCGUGUCAGCAAGUGAGAAGUGGUGGCCCCCGGAGGAGGAGGGAGGUUGCACACUGAUGGCCAAGGCUGGGGCGACGGGGAGAGGACCACCAUGAUAGGCGAAGUUCCUGCAAAGCACGGGGUCCGACAGGAGGCUGUACCUGCAUCUGAUCUUGGUGCUGAACAUUCCACACAACUGUGAUACAAACAAACUUUCCUUUCCAAAUUUCCCUGGGAGAAGCCUGUGCUGGUUCAUUUAAACCAGUAGCAUGUAUAGAAUGUAUGGGCGAGUCCGCAACAACGCACUUGACAAGCAAUGAGUCUUAGAAGCACUGUGGCUCUCAUUCCAACAGCAAACUAGCCCCAGGGCUUGAUAACAUGUUUGAUUCUCACUCCAAAGCCCCUCUCAGCAGACACCCUGUGCCUGGUGCAUCAGGCUGGUUCAACAUCAAGAGCCUCUGGGUUCCUCCCAGCUUCAGGGCCGAGUACCGGGGCUUGGGGAUCCCAGGACACAGGUGCCACUGAGAAUCGGCUGUGGCGGUGCCUGGAGUGUGGUGCUGAGGGCUGGAAAUCUGAGGUACUCAGCUUCACUUGGUGAAGAAGGGGAGUAAGAAUGAGCUUAUUAGGACGUUACUAGUUACUGUCCAAAGUUGGCAAACCAAGAAAUCAAAAGUGUAAGCUUAUUAUUUAGAAAUAUGGAGACAAGUACUAGAAUUGCGAAAAUAAUUAUAAAGCAAUUAAAACUGAUGACAGAAGUCAGAAUCAUGGCUAAUAACUGGGCAGAGGAGCCAGGGAACAUCCUGGGUGCUGGGCAUGGCCUAGAUCUUGAUCUGGAUGGGUUGAGGAUAGCUGCAUAAAAAGUCACCAAGCUGUUAUGCUUAAGGUUAAAAAGUGACAUCUGUCUUUAAAGACCAGGAACAAUCAUUAGACUGAAAAAAAAAAUAUAUAUAUAUAUAUACACACACACACACACACACACACACAUAUACUAGAGGCCCAGUGUACAAGAUUUGUGCACUUGGGGAGAGGGUUCCCUCAGCCCGGCCUCGCAGUCCAGGCGCCCUUGGGGGAUAUCCAACUGAUGGGGAGUGGGCCUAAGCCAGCAGUCAGACAUCCUUAGUGCCUCCCUCUCCUGCCACCACCACUGCACAUGGCAGGACUUCUGGCUGAGCGGUGCUCCCCCUGUGGGAGCACAAUGACCGCCAGGGGGCAGCUCCUCUGUGAGUGUCUGCCCCCUGGUGGUCAGUGUGCAUCAUAGUGACCAGUCAUUCACCGUUUGGUCAAUUUGCACAUUAGCCUUUUAUUAUAUAGGAUAUAUAUAUAUCAUACAUAUAUAUUUUUUAAGAAAAUUGGUCUCUGGGUACAUAAUUAUUCGGGGUCUAAAUAGUUACUUGGAGACUGUAAUAAAUACUGAAGUAAAUGUUACAUAUUAUCAUCACCUGAUUCAUCUUCCUUCAAAGAUUCCUUGGCUCCCUGGCUGGUGUGGCUCAGUUGGUUGAGCGUCAUCGGUGCACCAAAAGGUUGCCAGUUCUAUUACUGGUCAGGGCACAUGCCUGGGUUUUGAACUCAAUCCCUGAUGGAGUGUGGUGGCAGCUGAUCAAUGCUUGUCUCUCCCUCUCUAAAAAAUCAAUAAAAACAUUAAAAAAAAAAAAAUAACGUUCCUUAGCAUAUUUCUCCACAUCUUCCCUUAUGUAUUUUGGAACAAUUUCAUGUCUUUUAGUUAUUUCACCAACCCAGGUGAGCUCCAGUUCAAAAGCUUUGUCCUUAACUUCAUCAUGUAGAACUGAUUCUUUAAAAACACAUCCUUUAAUAGUGCUAACUUAAAAUCAUAUUCACAUUUUUAAAAAAUACACAAGACUCAUACUUAUGUCCUACUUUGAUAAAAAGAGAA